UAUCCACCCCCGUCUCUCCCAACAAUGGCGCGUCCUCGACCCCUGUCGUUGCAACCCAUGGAUUGUCGUACCCCAGUCGAAACCACGAACCAGGGGCUGGAUUUAACGGUCCUCAAUCAAGGAAAUUCAAUUCACGUGAUUGUGAAGUAGCCGUACCGUGUUGUCGAUAUGCCACUACAGCGGGCACCGUUUGAAUAUUUUGUCAGACAGUCUGGACCUCGCAAUAUCCUGCUGUGCCUAGAUGCCUUCGACACACUGAUCCGACCCCGCCGACCUGUUGCGGAGCAAUAUGCCGAAGUAGCAGAGCAAUGUGGUCUGACUGACAUCACCCCGGCGCAGGUGCAGGCCACAUUCCGUAACGCUUUCAAACAGGAGACAAAGAAGAACCCGAAUUACGGCAAGGUCACCAAUCUGGGCGCUACCAGGUGGUGGACGAAUGUCAUCACCAACACCUUUUCUCCCUUUCUCAAGCCGGGCCAAGAUAUCCCCAAAGAGCUUGCUCCUCGACUACUGCAUCGUUUUUCAUCUAACGAGGGCUACGAGCUGAUUGAGCCCAACCUGCCAGAGACGCUUCGAUUGCUUUGGGAUGGGCAACAGCAUGCAGACUGGAAUUUGGUGGUGGGACUAGUGUCCAAUUGUGACGAGCGCAUUCUAGGCAUCAUGGAGUCUUUGGGCUUGCGGGUUGGCCCUUUGCGUUACGGCCACCUCUCUGUACUGCGUUCAAGGGGUGAUCAGGAACCUACGGGGCAGCUCCACGGGUCAGGUUCACAGAGAGAUGCAGUGGAAGCGCUAGAAGACGUGGCUUCCAGGCGACGCAAACAGACUGUAUUCCCGGUGCGCAGGUCUCCUAACCUGCCCGAUUCGGACGCGACCGCAAGUCUCCAUACAGCUACUACCCAGUCUCAAGCUCCUCGAUAUGACUUGGAUUUUACCUUGAUGUCUUAUGAUGUCGGGCACGAGAAACCCAAGCCCGAAAUUUUCGUUUCUGCUCAGGAAAUGGGUGAUCUGGUCCUUGAAUCGUCUCUUGGGAAGUCGUUUCAACCCACAUGGAUGUCGCCCAGUAGCGACCACAACAAUGGCGGAGUGGAUAUCAUAGACUCUAUGCGCACGAACAAGCCAUGGCUCGACUGGAUCAAGAUUAUGGUGGGUGACGACCCAAAAACCGACGCCGCCGGCGCUUUGUCCCAAUCAGCUGGUUUGUGGAACUGCUGUAUUCUGGACCCAGAGGGCAAACACAACCCUGCUGUUGAUGUUGGCAAGGAAUCAUCCCAGUUGAACCAACCGAUAAGCCGGCACGUUGCAGACAUCGACCAUCAGGGCAAACAUCGACUCCUGCAGGUUAUGGGUCAGAAUCAGCUAAGUUUCGACCGUCCAGAGGGAUUUCUGAUGCGCAUCGACAACGUCUGUGACCUCAUCAUGCGCAUUAAGCAUGGGAUGAAGCAAUCGCCGGAGGCUAUUCCCCAGUCUCUGCUUCAAAAGCAGAAUGAGUCUGUAUCUCACUGUGACAGCCAUUAA